AUGGUAAGCUUUUAUGAAACAGCUGGAAUAUGUCUUCGUUAUAAUCAUGAUAUUAGUCGUUUAUGUUCAAAUGAUCGAUCUGUAUUACUUCAUACUGCUGCUGAUAAUAUAACUUGUUUAGGUGAAGUUUUUAUAUUCUAUCAUUGUGAUUUAAUUAAUCAUAAAACUUUAAUGAAUUUACUUGAUAUUCAAUAUGGAAAAACAACAAUGAAAUAUCAGCGAUGGGCAACUACAUUUAGUCCAUCAGAUAUUGUUUUAUUUAAAUUAGCAGUUUCUUUAUUUGCUUUUUCUUCAAAUGCUCGAGCACUUCAUGGAGAUAUUUCUAUCGAAUUUAAUAACAUCAAUCAAAUAUUAGAAAUUCAAAAUAAAUAUGCUGAAUUAACAUGGAAAUAUCUUAUUUAUGAAUAUGGAUAUUGUCAAGCUAUUCGAAGAUUUAUUAAUUUAAUUCAAUGGUUUUUAUCCAUAAGUACUUUCAUGUCAUAUGCACAUAAUGCUCCCACUUAUGUUA